AGGAAACUGGUAUGUUCCGGAGGGGACCAUAGUGGGUAGUUUAGGCAGUGGUGAUGUUCCUGGAUUUGAGAGAAACAGAGGUCCUAUGGUAGUGAGACUGAGGAGGAACACUGGUACUGGUACUGCAGCUGAAGGAAUAUAUCACUGUGAGGUAAUGGACAACACAGAAACUUACCAGAGAGUUUUUGUGGGAAUAUACAAUGGAGGAGAAGACAUCUCAAUACCUGGGGAACUGACAGUGAAGUCAAACCUCAGAGCCAGUCCUCAG